AUGGAGGCUGCCAUAUCUGCACUUGCAGGUGAACUCGUGAGCCGUUUCAUCUCCUUCCUCAUUAACAAGUACCAGUCCUCCUUGUGUCAUGCACAAUUAGAGGAGGAAAAGGUGGCGGAGACAUUGCAGCACCUCCUGAUGAGAGUUGCCACCGUGGUCGAGGAGGCGGAUGCGCGGUACAUCACCAACACCAGGAUGAUGAUGCAGCUCAAGAUGCUCUCAGAGGCCAUGUAUGGAGGACACCGCAUGCUGGAUAUGUUGAGCUACCAAGCCGUGCAAAAAAGUGUUGGCUUUGAUGAGGUUAGCAGUAAUGACCCCUCUAGUAACCGCUUCUAUUUAGCCAAGCGUUCUAGGUCAACAACUGAUAAGGUCACACGCAUCGAGUCACGCGGUGCCUUGGAAAUCUUAGGAAUUGCUGUUGAUAACAUGGCAGAAUUUGUUGUUCUUCUAAGUGGAUGCGAGCACAUGUCUCGUAGGCCCUAUGAUGUUUACCUUUACACUGAUAACUUCAUGUUCAGCCGACACACUGAAAAGCAGAAGAUCUUGAGAUUCUUGUUGCAGCACAAUGACCCUCCUUGUUAUCCCGCACCAGCUGUUCUUCCAAUCAUAGGAGGUAGUGCAAUCGGGAAGAAAACUUUGGUUGCUCAUGCAUGUGGUGACGAAAGGGUCCGCUCAUGCUUCUCCUCUGUUUUGCACUUGAAAGGAGACGGGCUUUUGAAAAUACUUGACCAUGGCAGUACCAUGGAAGGGAUGAGAAUGUUGGUAGUUAUUGAGUUUGCUUUUGAUAUAGGUGAUGAUGACUGGAAAAAGUUUCACUCAGUUUUCAUAGGAAUGGACAGAAGAUGCAAGAUCAUCAUCAUAAGUAGACUCCAAAGCUUAGCCAGAUUUGGAUCGGUGAAACCGAUUUUCCUAAGUGUUCUAUCUUACGAUGAGUUGAGGUACCUUUUUAAGACAUUGGCAUUCGGAAGCAUUGACCCUGCACAACAUCCACCAUUAGUACAGGUAGCAGAUGAAUUUGCCAAGGUGUUGCACGGUACACCAGGUGCACUUGUGGCGACAAAUACGUUCGCAGAUGUCUUGAGAAGGAACCUCAAUGUUCAAUACUGGCGUUGUGUAUUGGAAAAGAGGAAAAGAAUGGUUAAACGAAACCUCUCCAUUUAUGGUGGACACCCAAGCAUGCUUAUAGGAGAAGGACAUCCAGUGGACAUAACGGACUUUGCUUUGCAUCCACUUAGCAUGACACGUUAUACAAUUAAUGGUUCAACCAAGAAAGAAUUACCAUGCCUGACAUUUGGGGAACUUAUCGCAGAUCCUAGUGCUAGACCAAAGCAAGACUUUGUUCUAGUUUCAUGGGAAUCAAGGAUACCCCCACAUAAUUCGUUUGCUCAUUUUGUGACUAGUCAUGCUGAGGAUACACACGAAGGUCGUGCCUUGUCAGGGAGAAAGCGUCGAGGAGUGUCAAUCUAG